UCUCUCGCAGAAACAGCAGCAUUUAUCCGCAUGCUAUGUGUUGUGUUGGCAGCAAAGUGGCGCAAGAGAUGCGGUAUAGUCGUGGGAAGUGAUGGGCGGCAGUGGCAACACAUCCCGCCGCCUCGCUUCAUAAAAACCCCUAGCUUCCUAUUCCACUCUGCAGCUCCUUUGAAUUCAGCAUUUACUUCCUCCUUGAAUCUACUAUGGCGGCAGCUCUCUCACCGAUCAAGAACGUGCGGCAGGUCAUGCAGCGGGCGUUUGAGCGCGACGGGUUCGACAAGAUGGUUUUGGGCAAGGUAGGCAGCCCGAUGUGGCACGUGUGAUACAUGCACAAACACGCAGCUUAUCUCCCCACCUGAUAGAUGAACAUCCUCUCUGCAGACGCCGGACGCGUCAAGGGCGAGAUUCUGGUUGAGUCUCUCCACGGCAAUGCUGCGGGAGGCACGCACGGUGGCUGGCUCUCGACAAUCGUUGACGUGGGCGGGUCGCUGGCCAUCGCCUCGCACGGGUUCCCCAGCACGGGCGUGUCGACCGACCUGUCGGUCUCGUUCCUGUCGGCGUCGGGGCCGGGACACAAGCUGGAGUUCGACGCACAGGUGCUGAAGCUGGGCCGCACGCUGGCGUACACGCGUGUCGACAUCUUCAGCAACGACAAGAUGGUGGCGACUGGCAACCAUACAAAGUUUAUUGCAAAGGUGCCGAGAGGCGACGAAAUAAAGAAUUAGACGCAGCUUU